UAACUGUCACAUUUCCGACAGCACCAGAAGGCAGCACGUCUCCGUACCACUACGAACAGCAGCAGCAGCAGCAGCGCUUUCUCCGUCUGUAACCUAAACAAUGACUCCUACUACAGACCGGAGGAAAGCACACCAAUAGAAUGCGUUACACAGCACCAAAACCCUGCAUUUCGCUGCUAUUCCGACCGCUCACUUAAAUGUCCCGACCGUAAACAUGUGGAUACCUACAGAAAAUGAAAAAUACGGCGUCGUGCUGGCCAGUUUCCGAGGGACUGUCCAGCAUGGCCUCCCCCUGGAAAUUGGAGACACGGUGCAGAUCCUGGAGAAAUGUGAAGGCUGGUACCGAGGGUUUAUCCUGAAGAAUCCAAAUGUCAAGGGGAUCUUCCCAUCCAGCUACAUCCACUUGAAGAAUGCCCACGUCAAGAAUAAAGGGCAAUUUGAGACGGUCAUCCCUGUCGAAGACUCCGUCAUCACAGAGAUGACGUCGACGCUGCGAGACUGGGGUGCCAUGUGGAAACAACUCUAUGUGAAGAAUGAGGGGGAUUUGUUCCACCGACUUUGGCAUGUGAUGAAUGAAAUCUUGGACCUGAGGAGGCAGGUGCUGGUGGGUCACCUCACCCAUGACCGCAUGAGGGACGUCAAGCAGCACAUCACAGCGAGAUUGGACUGGGGCAACGAACAGCUUGGCUUGGACCUGGUCCCCAGGCGAGAGUUCAGCAUGGUGGACCCAGACGAAAUCAGCGUCACAGAGCUUUACAGACUGAUGGAACACCGGCAUCGUAAGAAAGAGACCGCUGCGCCUGCUAGCACCCAUCACUUGUUCGUCCACAUGAAGAGCCUGAUGAGCGCCAAUCUGGGGGAGGAGCUAGAAGUCUUCUUCCACAUUUAUGAUGGACGGGAGAACCGGCCCCUCAGCGAAAGGUUCUUUGUCAAGCUGAAUAAGGGCGGGUUGCCCAAGUCGCCAGAGAAGACAGAAAGACAAUGCACGCUAUUUGUGGAUUUGGGAAGCAGUGAUCUACGAAAAGAUGUUUACAUCGUUGUACACAUCAUAAGAAUAGGGAGAAUGGGAGCAGGCGAGAAGAAGAAUCUGUGUAGUGUGCAAUACAGGCGGCCGUUUGGCUGUGCUGUUGUCAGCAUCGCCGAUCUCCUCACGGCUGACUCCAAGGAUGACCACCUGCUCAAGGUUUAUGCGUGUAACACUGAGAGUGAAUGGUACCAGAUCCAUGAGAACAUCAUUAAAAAGGCAAACUCCAGGUACAACCUGUCGGGCUCCAAUACCGGUCUGGCAGUGGCUCUUCAGCUCCUCCAUGGGGACAUCGAUCAGCUGAGACGAGAGUACAUGGUCCUCUUCGCACGAGGUGUGUCCAUCACCAGGAAACUGGGAUUCUCUGAUGUCAUCAUGCCAGGAGAGAUGAGGAAUGACCUUUACAUCACGCUAGAGAAAGGCGAGUUUGAGAAGGGUGGGAAGAGCGUAGCCAGGAACGUAGAGAUCACCGUAUAUGUGCUGGAUAUCGAUGGACAAAUCCUCAAGAGUCAUGUGGCUGCUGGCUCUGGUGAACCAGGUGGGGAUGACUACCACUCCCUAGUGCUGUACCACAACAACAGCCCCCGCUGGGCGGAGCAGAUCAAACUGCCCAUCCCGGUCGACAUGUUUCGGGGGUCGCACGUCCGGUUUGAGUUCAGACACUGCUCCACUAAAGACAAGGGAGAGAAGAAACUGUUUGGCUACUCCUUUGUUCCUCUGAUGCAGGAGGAUGGCAGGACUCUGCCAGAUGGCACCCAUGAGCUCAUUAUCCAUAAGUGUGAGGAGAAUACCAGCUUGGCAGACUGUUCUCGUUACCUGAAGCUGCCAUUCUCCAAGGCCAACCUCCCGUCCAACAACCAGACUCUGAAAGGCACCAAAGAGUCUUUCUGGAUCACCAGCUUUCUCUGCUCCACCAAGCUUACACAGAAUGGUGAUAUGUUGGACCUGUUGAAGUGGCGAGCCCACCCCGAAAGGAUCAACGACAGCCUCUCCAAGCUGAAGGAGAUCGAUGGCUCUGAGAUUGUUAAAUUUCUACAGGACACCCUGGACACUCUGUUUGGUAUUCUGGAUGAAAGCUCUCAGAGAUAUGGGCUCAAGGUGUUUGAUUCACUGGUCCAUAUCAUCAACCUCCUCCAGGACAGCAAAUUCCAGCACUUCAAACCAGUCAUGGACACCUACAUCGAGAGCCACUUUGCUGGAGCUUUGUCCUACAGGGACCUGAUCAAAGUACUGAAGUGGUACGUGGACCGCAUUGUUGAUGCAGAACAUCAGGAUCACAUACAGCAGGUGCUCAAGGCCAGCGAGUACAUCUUCAAGUACAUUAUCCAGUCUCGCCGGCUCUUCUCAUUGGCCACGGGAGGCCAGAACGAGGAGGAGUUCCGGGUCUGCAUCCAUGAACUCUUCAUGUCCAUUCGCUUCUUCCUUUCGCAGGAAAACAAAGGCACCAGUCCCGUCGCACAAACGCAGGCGGUGUUCCUGCGGACAUUCCCGGCAGUUUAUGGCGAGCUGUUGAAGAUCUUCACAGUAAGGGAGGUGGCCGAUUUUGUCAGGGAGACGCUGGGCUGCCUGCCAACCACCGUCCACGCUGACUGCCCCCUGGAGGCCGUCAAACUGCAGUGCAUUGCCAAGACGGUGGAAAGCCAGCUUUACAUUAACCCAGAGUCACGUUGUAUCCUGUUGCCGGUGGUGCUCCGGGUCCUUCAGGCACACAUGCAGGAGCAGAGAGACCUGGUCAUGUGUGCUCGCAUUCUCACCAGCAUGCUGUCCCUCAUCAAGAAGGAGGAAAACGGCACAGCGGAGCCGGUGGUCUCAAAAGAGGUGGAACUAAUUGUAGAAAGCCUGCUGGGAGUUUUACUGAGGACCAUCCUGGAAAUUAGCAACCGGCCCCAGCCUGCUGGACCUGCCAUGAGACUACAGUUCCAGGAUGUCACUGGAGAGUUUGUGGCAUGUUUGUUGGCCCUUCUGCGACAGAUGAGCGACAGACACUACCAGCAGCUGCUGCAGGCAUUCAGCAGCAAAGACAACCUGAGGGACUUUCUUCUUCAGAUCUUCACAGUCUUCAGGAUCCUAAUCCGACCAGAAAUGUUUCCUAAAGACUGGACCGUGAUGCGAUUGGUCACCAACAACGUCAUCAUCACAACUGUCCUCUAUCUUUCUGACGCUCUGAGGAAAAACUUCCUCAAUGACAAGUUUGACUACAAGGUGUGGGACUCGUACUUCUACCUGUCUGUAAUAUUUAUCAACCAGCCCUGUCUUCAGCUGGAAUCCUUCUCUCCCUCCAAGAGGAAGAAGAUACUGGAAAAGUAUGGAGACAUGAGGGUGAUGAUGGGCUGUGAGAUCUUCAGCAUGUGGCAGAAUUUAGGGGAGCAUAAGCUGAACUUCAUCCCCGCCAUGAUUGGUCCAUUCCUGGAGGUGACGCUGGUGCCUCAGCCUGAUCUGAGGAAUGUCAUGAUCCCCAUCUUCCAUGACAUGAUGGACUGGGAGCAGAGACGCAGUGGCAAUUUCAAACAGGUGGAGGCCAAGCUGAUCGACAAGCUGGACAGCCUGAUGUCCGACGGCAAAGGCGAUGAGACAUACAGGGAGCUCUUCAAUAGCAUAAUUCCUCUGUUUGGUCCGUACCCUAGCCUGCUGAAGAAGAUUGAGAGAGAGACCUGGCGAGAGAGUGGGAUCUCUCUGAUCGCUACCGUCACUCGCUUAAUGGAGAGAUUGCUAGACUAUAGGGAUUGUAUGAAGCUGGGAGAAGUGGAUGGAAAAAAGAUUGGAUGUACUGUCAGUUUACUGAACUUCUACAAAACUGAGCUGAACAAAGAGGAGAUGUACAUCCGCUACAUUCACAAACUGUACGACCUGCACCUGAAAGCACAAAACUACACAGAGGCAUCGUACACCCUGCUGCUGUAUGAUGAGUUAUUGGAAUGGUCAGACAGGCCACUGCGAGAGUUCCUCAACUACCCCAUGCAGAGCGAGUGGCAAAGAAAAGAGUAUCUGCAUCUCACCAUCGUCCAGAACUUCGACAGGGGGAAGUGUUGGGAGAAUGGCAUCAUCCUGUGCAGAGAACUGGCUGACCAAUAUGAGUCUUACUACGACUACAGGAAUUUGAGCAAGAUGAGGAUGAUGGAAGCAUCUCUCUAUGACAAGAUCAUGGACCAGCAAAGACUAGAACCUGAAUUCUUCAGAGUGGGUUUCUAUGGAAAGAAGUUCCCUUUCUUCUUACGGAAUAAGGAGUUUGUGUGCCGCGGCCAUGACUACGAGAGGCUGGAGGCUUUCCAGCAGCGGAUGCUCAACGAGUUCCCCCACGCCAUCGCCAUGCAGCACGUCAACCAGCCAGACCAGACCAUAUACCAGGCAGAUGCACAGUACCUGCAGAUCUAUGCUGUAACCCCCAUCCCAGAGAGUCAGGAUGUGCUGCAGAGAGACGGAGUGCCUGACAACAUCAAAAGCUUCUACAAGUUCAAUCACAUCUGGAGGUUCAGAUAUGACCGGCCCUUUCACAAGGGCACCAAAGACAAGGAGAAUGAGUUCAAGAGCCUUUGGGUGGAGAGGACAACCCUGACUCUGGUCCAGAGUCUUCCAGGCAUCUCCCGCUGGUUUGAAGUGGACAAGAGAGAGCUGGUGGAGGUAAGCCCACUGGAGAACGCCAUCGAGGUGAUCGAGAACAAGAACUUACAACUACGCACAUUGAUCACCCAGUGUCAGAGCCGGCAGAUGCAGAACAUCAACCCCCUCACCAUGUGCCUCAACGGGGUCAUCGACGCCGCUGUCAACGGGGGGCUGGCCCGCUACCAAGAGGCCUUUUUCGUGAAGGACUACAUUAUGAAUCACCCCGAGGACGGCGAGAAGAUCGGGCGACUGAGAGAACUCAUGUUUGAACAGGCGCACAUCUUGGAGUACGGCCUGGCUGUGCAUGAGAAAUUCGUUCCCCAGGACAUGAGGCCUCUCCACAAGAAGCUAGUGGACCAGUUUCAUCUAAUGAAAUCCAGUCUUGGCAUACAGGAGUUUCCGGCUUAUGUGCGCGCAAGCCCUGUGCACUUCACCAAUGGGAGCCCGCGAACAUGCAGGAACUCUGUGCCCAACAUCAUUAGCCCAGACGGUGGCAGAGGGGUUGCCAGGCGGAGACCCCUCAGCUACCCUGCGGUGAACCGCUACUCCUCGUCCUCUCUGUCGUCUCAGGCAUCCAAUGAAGUCAGUAAUAUCACAGGGCAGUCCGAGAGUUCGGAUGAAGUCUUCAACAUGCAGGAAAAUGCAUCCAUUCCAUGGUCACAUAAAAAUUCUACACAUAGCGGCUUAAAGCCCAGUCCGUCUACCUCAAGCCUCAGCUCCAACCAUUCUGCCUCGCCCAAUGUCACCAGCUCAGCCCCCUCCAGUGCCAGAGGUUCGCCUCAGAUGGCAGAGAAACACAAGCAUUCCAGAGAAAAUGCCUGCCUGUCUCCACGAGAGAGACCAGUCAGCGCCAUCUUCCCCAACCCCCUAGACCCUGCACAGAGAGCUCCUGCUCAUCAGAUAGGCGAUACCACUUUACCAAGGAGUGACCCCAACCUCUCAGCACCAGACAAAGUGAGACCCACACCCAGUAGCUGGAGCCUUGACAGUGUCAAAGUGGGCGCUCCAUCCUUCUCUGACUCUGUUGGCAAAUUGCUAUGCCCUCCCGUACCUCCUAGGCCACCGUACUCAGCAGGCUCCUCGGCUAAAAGCAUGAGGUCGCAGUCCCCUGUCUCCAUGUCAAGAUCGCCACAAAAGACCACAGUGCCACCUUUCACCCCUUCGCCCACCGAGUGCCAGUCCACCAGCCUGGUCUCCAACUCCCCUGUCCUCUCCGGCAGCUACAGCAGUGGCAUCUCCUCCCUCAGCCGCUGCAGCGUGUCAGAAGCUUCGGGCACCGAGCUGCCCGCAGGCGACCACCCGUCCCACCCGCUGCCUCCUCCCACCACCUUGCCAAACUCGGUCUCCAGCAGCUCGGACGAGCCGAUCCGCAGAGAGAACAAGACCCCGCCUCCCUACAGCGUGUACGAGAGGAACAACCCCCGCAGGCCUGUGCCGCUGCCCCACAGUCUCUCCAUCCCCCCACAGACGGACCCCCCGGCCCUGCCACCCAAGCCUCACCAGCUCCGCACAGGCAGCAUGAAGCUGGACGGAACCUCCGACCCUCGAGUCCCCAGACCAAGGCCCCUGCCCAGGAAGGUGUCCCAGCUAUAGGUGCUGGUCCAGGUCUGGAGCUUGAAGAAACACACUGGCGUAUUUUGCACUUUUCUACUGGGCACUCACUUGUUUUUUGUGAUCUUCAGUUUGGCAUUCCUGACCUACACUCCAAUAAAAGACACAGGCCUAUAGAUUAACAGGCAGUCAAAAAAACUGAAGAAACUGACAAAUAAUGAAAGUUUCUUUUUGUAUUUGCUAGAGGGCAUUGCAUUGACUUUGACUUGGUCAUUCCGCACUUUUAGCUCUAGUACGUACAAUAGGUCACCACGGUCAGCCGCAACAUAUGUUUACCAGAACAGUCUAGAAAAACACAGUUUUGAUAGAUGUAAUAAUCUGAAAUAUAUGUAUAUUGGUAUAUAUGAGAAUUGUUUUUGCCUUAAGUAUUGGAAACAGAGUCUUUUAUCCGUGAGUCUUGCACGUUUUUCUUUUUCUUUUUUAAACAACUCUGUACAUUUGUAUACUGUAUGGCUAAAAAGGUGCUAGAGGCCUUGAGUAUGCAUUUCGAUGAAGUGUAGUAGACGAGGCUGUGUUCCCAUAGUCAUAUCCACACAAGCAAUGGCACAAAAAACUGAACUUAACAAAACUAUAUUAUGACUAAAUAAUAAAAUUUUAACACAUUUUUAUGCAGCGAUAAACUGUUUAAGUAAAGGUAACUUCGGCACGGUAACGAAGCAGUUUUGAGCCUUAUUUAACUCCGUGUGGUUAUCUGUAAGUCAGAAAACUAGAGAGAUCUUCAGUGGGGAGUUGCCACCUUAACAAACCACUCUACUGCCCUUCUCUCUCUAGAGUUUUAAAAUCAGCCUCUUACCUUUCACACCAAAAUUUCCCCCCCAUUAAUAAUGAAAUCACGAGCCUGGACCAAACACACAAGCAAACGUUGGUGCAAUUGCAUGCUUAGAAGCUGGACGUUGCCAUUUCUGUGAACAUUUCUGUGAACACACCCUAUCCCUCCUGCAUGAUGUACAUGACAACAGAUCUUUAGGGGAGGGGGUAGGGGAGGGGAGGGGUUACCAAGUAUUGUGCCAAAGGAAAAUGUACAAUGUGCUGUAAAGAAACUUUUUUUUUUUUUUUUUUAUAACUGGGACCUGGAAUCAAGAAGCUUGGAAAUGCUCAGCUCAAAAAUAGUUUUUAAAGUGAUUUUACCCCCAAAAAAUCCUAAUUAAACUGAUUGAAGAGAUAUAACUUAAGACAAGCACAAACAAGACUUUAUCAUCUGUAUAAUGACCAGUACUGUUAUGGACUCUCUAUUUAACAAAGCAGUAAUUGGAACAGAGUUUCACUGUCAGCAGUCACCCUAAAACACACAAGGACUGACACUCUAUUGAAGAAAUAUUUACAAACUAAUCAUUGUCAAAUAUUUGUACAGUUGAGAUUUACUUUGUGUUUGAUUAAAAAGAUGGACGUGAGUUGACUGCGCUAUAAACAGUUGCUCAGUUCAACCACAAUGUGUUGCUGCAGUGAAGUAAGUGUUCUGUGGCAGGCAGAUUUCACAUUGUUUUGUAAAAUAGAGAAAAUUUUGGCAUAAAAUCUUAAAUCCGUGCAACAUUUUUUUUGGGGGGCAGGGGGGAUUAGCUUUAGUAUUGUUUGUAUGUUUCAUUUUUGUAUGGUUAAUUUACUUUUUGAUUUGUUGUGAAUUUUUGAGAUUAAAUAUUCACAUUAAUCAGUACUUGAGAAACCUGUAAAUUAUAUGAUGAGAUUAAUGUAAGUAUGCCAAAUAUAAAAUUUGUGUAUUGCAAUUAAUGUAAAUACUGUGUUUUUAACAAAAUGUAGCUAUAACAAUUUACAGCUUUGAAUGUAAUGUUGAAGCAGCAAAUUAUUAUUAUAAAUGUUCAAACUUUUAUGGUUUUGUGAGUGUAGAAAAACUAAGGUCAUGCAUAAUGACACCUAACACAUUUACAAGUUCAAUAAACUGCCCUAUGUAAUACAAA